AUGGCAGCAAACGCCCAGGAGACUAAAGACCGCUGGUCAGCUGAGGCUUACGCUACCUCUGCAUCUUUCGUGCCGAAGCUCGCCGGCAAGCUGCUCCAAUACCUAGACCCCAAGCCAACGGAAAAGGUCCUCGAUAUCGGCUGUGGUGAUGGAAAAUUCACAGAAAAUUUUAUUCCAGCCAUCGACUCCGUCCUUGGUAUCGAUUCAUCUCAGUCUAUGAUCGAGUCCGCCAACAAAGAUUACGGAAGCUCCAAGGCUAGCUUCCGCGUUGUGGACUGCCGGUAUCUAGAGAAGGAAACAUCCAUUGUGAAUGGAUCUUGGGAUAAAGUUGUCUCCAAUGCAGCCCUCCACUGGAUCUUGCGCGAUGAGACAACGCGGAUAUCAACCCUUCGCGGAAUUUAUGGCAGUCUGAAGCCUGGUGGUACUUAUGUAUUUGAAAUGGGUGGGCACGGUAAUAUUGCCGAGGUUAAGACUGCUCUGAUCUACGCACUCGUGCAGCAGGGUAUUCCCAUCGAAAAGGCGAAGGAGACGAGUCCUUGGUUUUUCCCGUCUGAUACCUGGAUGCGGAGUGCGCUGGAGGAAGUGGGUUUCCAGGUUGAGACGGUUGAACUAGAAUACCGCCCGACCAAGCUGACUACUGAUGCCAAGGGUGGACUGGAGGGGUGGGUUCGACUGAUGGGUGCUCAGUUCCUUGAGGCUCUGCCUGAGGAGAAAUGGGAUGCUGUUGUGCGCCAGGUUUGCGAGGUCCUCGAGGAUGUUGUUACUCGCGGUGAAGAUGGCAGCCAGUGGCUGGGAUAUGUAAGGCUGAGGGGUAUCGCGAAGAAGAUUUGA